CAUCCUCCACUCGGGCUGUAAGCGACUCGGUGAGAGAGCGAGAGAGAGAGAGCGAGAGAGAGAGAUCGCCUACAUUUUUGGUUGGACGAGGGAGCGCGCAAGCUCUAAGAGCUACAACUUCAACAGAGAGAGGAGACGAGGGAGCGAGAGAGAACGAGAAGAGAAAGCCUUUGAGCGCUUCGGAAGUGAAGACUCAAGGACACCCCGGGAUCGGCCAUGGCGGACUUCCGCAACAUUCGCAACAUCUUCAACGCCCCGCCUUCCGUGCCCCCCAAAGCCUCCCCCAAGGUAAACCCAGGCCCGGGGGGGGGCAACUCUGCCGCCCUCCGGAGCCCGCGCCCCGCGAACCACUCCAUCCCCUCCCAGGCGAAGGGACUCGGUGAGAACGGCGGCUGCUCCAAGGCGUUGGACCGGACCAAGAAGCCGGAGGAGCUCAUCAGCACCUAUGACCACGGCGUGAUGCACCACGAUGUCGGCGCGGGCAAGGUGAGGAAGAACACCUACGUUUUUCAAGGCGCUGUCGCCGACGCCGCAUCUCCCAGCUCGGCAAUACCCAAGCCCCCUCAGCUGCCAAAACGCCCGUCGGUGCGCCACCACUCCCCGUGCCCGCUUCCGCCGGAGCCGACCUCGCAGCGCGCCUGGCGACCCGGUGCGGGACAGGCGCCGCUCGUCAAUCGUCCCUCCCUCAGCUCCCCGUGUCCUCCCGAGGUCGCCAGAACAUCGAGCGAGUCUCCGAACCCCGGGAGCAGAGGGGAAGGGACGCCCCAGAGGAGGAAGCUGCCCUCGAAGGCCCAGCUGGGACCGCCGCCCGCCAAGCCCCCGCGACCGCCCGGCGGACUCAACUAUACAGUGUCCCCGGUGGUACAUGUCCCCGUGUCGGCGCGGCCACCACGUCAGGAUGCCGCGGUGGAGCAUCCGGAGCUGUACGUAGAUGUGGUGCCGCCGAAUGACGAGGAGAUCUACGACGACGUGGCACCGACAGGGCAUGAAGAGGAAAAGGAGGACAACGAGGUGGUGCCAAGUGAUAAAUAUUUCCGGAGGCGUGAGGGGAGCGGGGAUUACGAUGACAUCGUGAGUCCUAGCAGAGGGCCUGCAAUGUGCGGUGACAGCAAGGACUCUGCGCGAGGCCACCCUGCUCACCGGGAGAGUGGGGAAUACGAUGAUGUUAUGCUGCCGGAAAGCACUGGCUCCAUGGAUAACAAUGACGGUUACUUCACCGUGGGAGCAGAGUGCAAUGAGGAAAUCUACGAUGACAUUGACAACUACUGUUCCACGGAAGAGAGUGACUCUCAUCCAGACUGUGGUAUGAUGUACUGGCCUGAUGGAGCAGGCGCCGAUGCUCAUGCGCCAACGAACUCGGCUCACUCCCAGGGGGCACGUGACAAACCCAUGGCUGACUGGAGGAAGGCCAAGGAACGACAACCGGAUAAGAGCAAGACUAGGAACAAGGAGUUGCUGCAGCUACAGAAAAAGUUCAACGUGCAUCUGAGCGAGGACAGUCCCGUGAUGUGUUGCGCCGAGGUGAUCCAGCCCAAGUCACGCGCCCUCAAGAAACUCGAGCUCGCCGUAGCCAUAACAGACGCAAUAGAGAUCCUGCACGUGACAGACGAGUACGCGAUCUGCCGGAACCAGCACGGAAAGUAUGGCUAUGUGCGCACUUGUCAACUGCACACGAGCAACGUGCAAGAAUUUCAGUCCAGUGAAUUGUAUGCGGAUGUUGGCACAUCACGUACGUACUAUUCCCUUAACAUUAAAAACCAAUUAGACAUGCAGAGCAUAUACUGGGAGAUGUUCACCACAAUCAGCGUUUCAAGUAAACAUGGCACGAUGUAACCGAGUAAAAUACACCUUGUGAUAAAGAAAUAUGGGAGACAUUUAAUUCUCCAGUGAUCAAAUAGUAUGUCAUCUUUAUCAUACACGUCAUUCAUUCCGAUGUCUAUGCUAUUUGAUUUCAGUGUAUGAUGUAUGAACUUGGACUGAAGAACCAACUGGAUGGAUGAGCACUUUGUUACAAUGCCGCUUGCCUCUAAAACGUAUUUUCACAGCUUUAAACAGUUUUAAUAAGUGUAUACGUUUUAAAACACCAUCCGAAUAUUUUUAGAUUAAAGUUUUGCAAGUGUUAUAUUUAUGCAAUUUAUUUUAACUUGCCCCUUAGAACUUAAAUGAGGAAUGUUUUUAAAUAGAAUUUCCCAACUCAUUAAAUUCACUAUAAACUGCAAUUUGGAACCAUGUUCUUGUACUGUGGGGUGUAAUAGAAAAUUCCGCGCAUGUUAAACUUUAAAUAUGCUUUAUGUUCCCAGGAACAUUCACAACUCCCACUUGGAAUAUUGGAUUUACUCCAACACUUGUUAAGACUUAAGGUUGUGGUGAGAAUUUUUGGGAGAGUUUUGCUACCAUCACACAUUAUGCUUGAAAUUGAAUGUUUUUGGUGAUGGCAAGUUAUUUGUAAUUAUAUAUUAUACCAACUUGGGUAACAAUUAUUUAAGUAUUGUAAACAUAUGUAUAUGCAUUUACAGAUAUGAAAAUGUAAACCACAGUAAUGUAAAAUAAAA